AUGUCGACGUCAGAUGAUAUCAAAGAAGCCCCCUGGUACAGAGGCGAUGCCCAUGCACUCGACUGUGACACACAGAAAGCAGAGAUGGAAGACCAACAUGAAGUUUUCAAGAGAGGUGAUGGUCAGGUUGACUUCCGCACUGUGAGCUGGAUUCGGGCUGGAGUUAUCUUCCUAAAAAUUAUUUUUGCGACCGGUGUGCUGUCAAUUCCUUCUUUGAUGUACGAACUUGGUGCAUUCCCUGGUGCUGUCAAUGUCGUUGGCUGGACUCUUUUGAACACAUACUGUGCCAUCCUGCAAGGGAACUUCCGGAACAAGUACCCUGGGUGCCACUCAAUUGCAGAUAUGGCCCAGGUCGUUGGCGGCCCUUUGUUGAAAGAGCUAGUUGGUCUGCUUUUCACUGUCAGCUAUGUAAUUGUGGCUGCAUCAGGCAUUAUUGGUGUCUCGACUGCUCUGAAUGCAUUGUCGCUGCAUUCAAUUUGCAGUGUGUGGUUCAGUUUCGUUGCGACAAUCAUUAUUGCGGGAUGUGCGAGUGUCCGGAAGUUUUCGCAUAUUGGAUGGCUGACCUGGGUUGGGUUUGCCAGUGUGUACAUCGCUGUGUUCAUCAUUGUCAUCGGUGUGACUACAAGAGAUCGCCCUGCAGCUGCACCUCAGACGGGUGAUUUCGAACUCGGAUAUCGCGUCAUUGGUAACCCUAGUUUUACGACCGGGAUCACCGCUGCAGCUACGAUUUUCGUGUCGAGUGCCGCGACCUCCGCUUUCUUACCUGUCAUUUCGGAGAUGCGAAAGCCUUCCGAUUACCCCAAGGCCGUGUAUAUGAGCAUGAGUUUAGUGACCGCGUCCUAUCUGACCUUUAGCCUGGUGAUCUAUGCGUGGUGUGGGAAGUGGAUUGCAUCUCCUUCGCUCGGCAGUGCUGGUACUACGGUGAAAAGAGUGGCCUACGGAAUUGCCCUUCCUGGAUUGAUCAUCAGCGGCUGCCUUUACGUGCAUGUCGCAGCUAAGUACUUGUUCGUCCGUAUCCUGCGGUAUUCGCGGCAUCUACAGGCGAACACAAUAGUCCAUUGGGGCACUUGGCUAAGCUGCACCCUUGGCAUGGCUACAAUCUCUUUCAUUCUGGCUGAAGCGAUUCCUAUUUUUAAUUAUGUGCUGGCACUUGUGGGUGCUUUAUGCUUUGCGCCACUGGCAAUUAGUCUUCCAGGUUGGCUCUGGCUGUAUAGCCACCCACAGUAUCGGAAAGGUAAUAGGGUCCAACAGUCCAUCUAUACGCUGCACAUUCUAUUGAUCCUCUUGGGACUGUUUAUGACGGUCGGUGGAACCUACGGUGUAAUCAUCCAGAUCAAAGAGGCCUACUCUGAUGGGCAGAUCUCUUCUGCGUUCUCUUGCGCAGAUAACAGUGGAUCAUCAUAG